AUGCCAGCACCGCCACCCACGCCACCACCACCCUCAGAGCAAGCAACCAAGCGCCACAAACCCCAGCUAGACGCCCGAGCAAGAGGGGCCACGACAGCCGCGACAUACAUCCAAGCAGCCCUCGAGGCCCUCCAGGAGCACACAACCGGCACCCAAGCUACCACCGACGCAGUUACCAACACCCUACAGUCAGGGCACAGCCACCUGACCAAUGCCCUAGAAUGCCUGCAGGCAUGGACAGGGGAAGGGGGAGCAACGGGGGUACAGCUGGUGAACAACCACACAGAAGAUAUGGAGCCGGGGGGAGGAGAGGAACCCGCGAGCAGCAGCACCAGGCCACGAGGCAGGCUAGCGGAGCAACGGCCGCCGUCGCCCAUCAACAACCCUGACAGCAGCAACCCACCACCACCGCGCCCGGCCCAAGACAACGACACCACAGCAACGGGGGGGUGGACCCACCACACAGGAGGCACCACCAACUUUGAAGAAGCAAUUAGGCUGGCACAGCACGUCCGUAUGGGCUGGGGGGCACUGAACGCGGAGGAGAGGAUACAGGAUGUGGGGGCAAUCCUGGGGCUGCUAAGACAGGGGAGGAGGUGGCUGGGGACGGUGGUAAGGACCAGCAGCUGGGCACUCCAAUCCAUGGCAGAAGCUAGAGCACCGCAAGCCGAACAGGAGCUGCUCAUAGCGGCAAGCUACCCGACGCACCCGCAAGCAAGCCACCACCUACAACAAGCACAACACCACAUGGAAGCGUGCCUGGGGGGGGAGGCGAGUGCCCUGGCAACACAACACAACCGGGAGGCGGAAGGGGGGGAGGUGCAUCCGGCCGAUGCCCUGGCGCUAGCAGCGGGGGGAGAAGAAGCACCACCGGGACCAAACCCUGGGAACCAGCUCCAGCCAACGGGCCACCCCAUUGUGCGAGCGCGUCACAUCCUCCAGAGGCUGAUGCCGUUCACCGGGGGGGAAGUACAAGAACAACUCGAAGCGGCGCUACAAGCACUCAAUGAGUGGUGCCACAACCUCUGGGGGGCUGACCUCUUGGCCAUUGAAGACACGAGAGGCGGAAGCGAGGGGGCAGCACGGGUGGGGGCUGCGACGAGAGGGGGCCACGCAGGGGAGGGGGCUGCGGAAGCUGGGGGCGAAACCAACCAACGAGACCGAGACCUACUACCAGAUCGCGAUAAUGGCAGGGAGAAGAUCGAGGCAAUCGUCACGCUGGAAGCAGAAGGGGGAACAGGGGGAGCAACCAGCUCGGAGCAGGGGAUAGAUGGGGGUGCACCACUCACGCCACCGACGCAAGCAUGGCAACCCCCGCCUCCUAGUAGCUACCCGCAGCCGCAGACGAUGAGGAGAAGGUGGGAAGCCCAAAUGGGGAUAGCCGCAAAUAGAAGGCGGUCCAAGCAGCGUCGGAGGCUGGCUUUCGGCCAGCGCACCAGAAGGUCCAGGAGUGGGGGGUCAAGCUACCAGUACAAGCACCUCACGACAGAAGCGGGAGAAGAAGAAGAAGACGAAGCGGGGGACGAAGAUGAAACACACCGGCGCAGACGUACUGAGCCCCCCGGGGGCAUUGACCUGCUGAAUGUAGCAGAGGAGCACAGGCGCAGACGAGCCCACGCCCCGGCAGUUCGCAUGCUGGAUGGUACCAGCCAGGGAGAGAAACGGAAGGGAAUGGUCUGGGAAUGGCCGCAGCUCGGCGACUCCUCGGUCUCUGUGAGCAUAGCUCGCGAGAAGUCAGCCAGUAGCGUCUACGAAAAGGCGAGGCCACCGCAGGUAGAGUACGACGUGGCGCCCUUGGAGGCUGUGAUGGACGUCUUCUUGGCCACCGAUAGCAACAUGCACAAGAGGAUUUUCGGCGCAAAGCUGCUCAAGCAGUACAAAGCCGUGAAGGAAAUCCUUUUGGCCGGCGACACGAACCGAUUGGUCGCCGAGCUCACAUUCGUACGCAUUAAUGACCUGGCAGUGCCUUCGGAGCCCAUCCACAUCCUCUUGUACCUCGAGCCGCUGAUCGCCUUGAUCAUCGUUGCAAACGGUAUUUCCAUCGGGAUUCAGACGGACCCGCACUUUGAGAACUGGGAGGGCUGGCUGUAUGUGGAGAUGGGGUUUGUGCUUCUCCUCGCCGUGGAGCUGCUGGCAAGGAUCCUGGUUCUGGGCUGCAGGGCCUUCUGGUGUGGCUCGGAGCAGAUGUGGAAUUGGUUCGAUGCUUUCUUGACGUCCAUUGGCGUCGUGGACGUGAUGUGGCAGUUCGCCUCAACGACCCCGCCCGACAUUGUGGGGACGCUGCUGCUGCGGUGCUUUCGGUUGGUUCGACUUGCGCGCGUGGUGAGAGUCUUCCGCCUGAAGAUCAUGUCUGACCUACGGCUGAUGCUGAGGGGCUUGAUCGCAGGCAUUUGGACGUUGGCGCUGGCGUUCCUUCUUCUAUUCGCAGUGCUGUACGUGAUAGCUGGUCUGGCCUCCUUCACCAUCGGUAAAGACAGGCGCGUGGAGGAGCUGGGCUUGCGCGAGUUCUUCUACAACAUCCCGGUUGCCAUGUUCACGACGUUCCGGUGCUUCAUUGGCGACUGCAAUACACAGCAAGGGCGCUCCAUCACCUCCCUGCUGACGGAGGAGUUCGGCGUUCCUUUUGUUCUUGGGUAUGUGGCCAGCUACAUGCUGGUGGCCAUGGGCAUCUUCAAUGUCAUCCUCGCAGUUUAUGUGGACAUUACCAUGAAGGCAGCGAAGGAGAAUGACACAUUGACGGCAGAGCAGUACAGCCGGGAGUCGGUACGCAUCGCCCGGGCCACGCGAGAGCUGCUGAAGAAGUUUGCUGCGGCCUACCACGUCUUCCAUGUCAUGGGUGACCACGGUGCAGACGUCGCGAAGUUGGAGAUAACUCAUGCCGCGACGCUGUUCACCGAUGACGAGAUCCACGAGGAUGUAGCAAUUACCAAGGAGCUCUUUCUCUUGGUGAUCCAGGAUCCUGCUGUGCAGGCAUUGAUGGACGAGUUGGACCUGCCGCCCUCGCGCGCGCAUCUUUUCGAAGUCAUUGAUGCUGAUGGAAGCGGCACGCUGCACAUCCAGGAGCUCGUCCAGGGCCUGCUGAAGCUCCGCGGCGAGGUGAACAAAGGUGACGUUGUCGCGCCCCUGCUGGCCGCACGCUCCGUGCAGGACAUGGUUGGGGACCUCAAGAAGGCCAGUGAGGUGCAGCUGGACUCCUUUCGAGCAGAGCUGUCGCAGCACGUGCAGAUGUUGCAAUCCAUCUGCUCCGUGCACUGGGACCACCCGGCACCAGAGCGGGGGCAGAUUCGACCCAUCGGCCCGAGCUUGAGCAGCCUCGUGGCGCCAACGCGGCCUGAGGCGAUGCAGGCAGAUGUGGAGCUUCUACCGCCCACACCUGGUGACUUCGGAGUCGCUCUCACUCCUGAGGACUUUCCUGCAGAGCAACCCUAA